AUGUUUGAAAAAACAAAAGAAGUUACUCUUCCACGAGGAACUAUAUCACCAUGGCCAUCCAACCUGGCAGCAUGUUGGUUGGACACCAGAAACAUUACAUAUGUUGCAGUUAUUCAAGCGAACAAUAUUGGUCUGGUUCAUCCGAACGCGCGAAACUUUCCGAUUGCUAUUGUUGGAUCCACUCGUCAUAUUCAUGUUUACGAUGUUAAGAAAGUAUCUCAAAAACCGCUUUUCUCGCUAACACUUGCCAGCACACUACGGGAAUAUGCACCUUCCAUAGGAAAAGAUGUCGGACCUUAUAGCCGCGGAGUGUCGUGUAAUGAUAAUGCCAUCCUUAUUGGAACACACACCGGCGAAAUUGUGGUUAUUAUGUGCAAUGGAGACUCCAAUUUCACGAGCCGGAAAAAUUUGAAGGAACACAAAUCCGCGGUCACUGAUAUUGCCACGUGUCGAUAUGAUGAAAUAACAGUGAGUGCGGAUUCAACCGGAGAGUUGAUCAUUUGGCAGAAACCGGUGAAAGGAGUCAAUUCUAGAGUGCUCACAAAGUUAGAAUUUCAAUUUAGCAAUAAACGUGACAACUAUUUUAUUAGACAACCCAUAAACGUUAUCAACGUCCUCAGAAAGCAAGUUAUUGUUGGCACCCUGAGAGGUCUUGUGCAGUACUAUUCAGUUACUACAGGUGAUUUGAUGUGUGAGAUUAAUGCUCACUCGAGACCAGUGAACAGCGUUUCCGUUGCUCCAGAAAGCGCGUAUGUAAUGACAUCUUCUGAAGAUGGCACUUUUAUUGUGUCCAAACUUCACACACGAAAGCCACAUGCGUAUCAGGUGGAGUACCGUUUUUCCGACAGCGACCCAUACAGCAUUAUCAUGGGAGCUCAGUUCACCAAUGGUCGUGGAAGUGCCAUUGCUGUUGCCACAUUCGACAGUUCCGAGAUUAUCAUGUACAAAAUAAUCAAGAAAUCAUCAGCUGCUGCCGCUUCCUCUUGA